AUGCAAAACCAUACAAAAACAACAAUAUUCAUUCUUCGGGGACUGACAGAUGAUCCACAGCUACAAGUAUUCCUUUUUGUCUUCAUGUUUCUUACCUACAUUCUGUGUAUAACUGGGAACUUGACUAUCAUCAUCCUCACUCUGGUGGAUCCCCACCUCAAAACUCCCAUGUACUUUUUCCUUCAAAAUUUUUCUUUCUUGGAAUUAUUAUUCACAACUGCCUGUAUUCCCAGAUAUUUAUACAGCUUAUCCACUGGUGAUGACACUGUGUCAUAUAAUGCAUGUAUCACCCAAAUAUUUUUUAUUACUUUCUUGGGUGCAACAGAAUUUUUCCUUUUGUCUGCCAUGUCCUAUGAUCGCUAUGUGGCCAUCUGCAAACCUCUGUAUUAUACAACCAUCAUGAACAGCAAAGUCUAUAACCUACUCCUCCUGAGUUGUUGGAUGACUGGGCUAAUAAUCAUCCUUCCAACACUUGGUAUGUAUGUUGAGCUGGAAUUCUGUGACUCUAAUGUCAUUGAUCAUUUUGGCUGUGAUCCAUCACCACUCCUGAAGAUCUCAUGCUCUGAUACAAGUUCUUUAGACAAAAUGAUGGUAGUCUUUUCUGUCAUAUUGCUCAUUAUCACUUUGGUGUUAGUGGUUCUAUCUUAUGGACACAUUAUCCACACUAUUCUGAGAUUACCCUCUGCCCAGCAAAGAAAAAAGGCCUUUUCCACUUGUUCUUCUCAUAUGAUUGUUGUCUCCAUGACUUAUGGGACCUGCAUCUUCAUCUAUAUCAAGCCCCCUGGGGAGGAACAUCUUGUUUUGAACAAGAUAGUGUCUGUACUUAUGACCUCAGUUGCCCCUGUUAUGAACCCUUUUAUUUAUACACUUAGGAAUAAACAAGUGAUACAAGCCUUUAAAGACUUAGUCAAAAAAAUCACACAUCUCUCAAAGAUGUAA